GCUGGCCGCAUGUCUUCCUCCGCGCCGGCAGGGGGCGACAGAAGACACAAGUAUCAUCGUCAGUAUGUGUUUACUUGUAACUGAGCUAGCUUUAGCAUCUGCUGAACAUUAAGGUACAGCUGCUGAGAGGUCAGAGGUCAGCACGCCUUCAUCAUGGUCAAACAGCCACAGAGGACAGACAGGUGUUUUAUACCCACUGCAGGAAGUGCAUUGGCGAGGGUUCGAUUCCCUGUCUGUGCUGCUCAGAGGAGGCCACCUCCACCCCAGCAGGCGUCAGAAACAGGAAGUACUGAGAGCUGGCCACGCUGCAGCUCCACUGCCACAGAAGAAGAGAGGGGUGCUGAUGGGCCGAGCCAGCCUGGAGGCGUGGGGUUGGAGGGAGGAUCAGAAAAAUCGGAUUCAAAGCGAGCAAGGAUGGAGGACGACGCUGCUCCGCCCAGCAGAGUCCCCGGGUCAUGUGCUCCAGCGGCAGAUGUUCCUCCUCCCGGCCAGCAGGGGGCAGCAGAGGACAGCGAGGACAGCAGAGCGGCCGAGCUGCAGGGCGUGGGGUCACUGAAGGUCACCAUCCAGCAGAGCAGCGAGAGCCGAGAGUUUGGACAGACGGACAGGACGGCCGAGAGACAGACGGGCGGACUCCACUGUCACGUCUGUGACCUCACGUGUCGCUCUCUCCUGCUGUUUCAGGAGCACAUGGCAGGACCUGAACACGUGAAGAAGCUGCAGGAGAUCACACACUGCAUCCACCUCAACACACACACACCGCAGGACAGCAGGGGGCGCCGCCGUGAGUCGCAGCGCUGGUGUGACACCUGUCAGACUCACUUCAGCGGUGAUGUCAUCAUUCAUCGGCGGACCAAACGACACAAGAUGUGCAAGCAGCUUUGCCGGCCCUUCUGUCCGGUGUGCGGACGUCACUUCAGGACGCCCAGGAAGUUUGUGGAGCACAUGAAGUCAUCGGAACAUAAACAGCAGGUGCUCCUGGAGGAGGCUCAGGAGGAGGAGCUCAUCACUGUGGAUGCUGUCGGCUGCUUCGAGGAGGAGGGGGAGGAAGAGGAGGAGGGGGCGGUGGUGGAGGAAGAAGUGGAUGUAGCUGACGAGGAAGAGGAUGCAGCAACAAAGGAAAAGGUGGCUGAGGAAGAGGAGGACAAGCGGCGAGCAGAGUAUGACCCCAGCACGGCGUGCGGAAGCAGUUUUGUGGUUCCUGUUUGUGGCUUCAUGUGUCGACUCUGCAAAAAGUUUUUCUACAGUGAAGCUGCAGCUCGACACGCACACUGCAGGACACGCACACACUACCUCCACUUGCAGAGACACCGUGCUCAGAGGAGGCGGCGGCAAGGACAGAGAGACAAGGACCGAUCUGCUCCACCCUGACCGCCUCACCGUGUCCCACAAUGCAUUGCUGCAUCCAGGUGAAGCUCUGAUCACCUUUCUUUUGUUUGACUGGUGGCUGCUGCAGGAGCUGCAGGUCACAGGUGGACUGCUGCCGAUGUGUGUUCUGUUUGCAGUGGGAGAAACGUUUCACAGCUGCAGGUUUCCACCUGACACCUGCACAAUGACUGACAGCGGUCAGUUUCAUCGUCGUUAAUAUGCAAACAUUAAUAAAUCAUGUUUUCAUAACCGG